AUGACCUGGGUCAUUCCCAAUGCCCUUGAGAACCAUGAUCUUACAACCACAGCGUGGUAUUUACCCACGCGCCUGCCUCCGUAUCCGCCUUCACGCCCGGAACUCGAGGAUGAUGAAGAUCAGGAAGGGAGGAUGGCUUCAGUAGAUUAUAUACCGAGUUUGUUUGAUGAUCUUGUCGUGCAAGGCGUGCCUGCGAAGAGGAUUGUUGUGGUCUGCUUCUCCCAGGGCCAUGCUAUGGCUUUGUUGACUGGGCUUGUAUCAAAGUAUUCGGGGAGACUUGGGGGACUAUUCGAACUAUCUGGCUAUCUUCCACUGGCUGAUCGCAUACCGACGCUGCGAGAAAAAGCCGGAUUACUGAAGGAUGUGAACGAUGAAGUAGAGGUCUUUCUAGCAAGAGGAACAAGUGAUAAAUUGAUUCCUAAACGGCAUCAUUGA